UUCCUCUCAUAGCCCGUGUCCUGAUAUCAAGAGCAACUUUUUGAUAUUCUCCGUGCAGGUUUACUCCUAAACAACACACAUUUUCUAUUCCACAAUGCUGAAAACUUUUGCUGGAUCGUCAAAGGCGUCGAUGCGCGUGGCCCACAGCAACGGCGUGCGCGCUGCUGUUCUUUACCGGCAGACGGUUCUUGCCGGCCAGUUCCGCAGAGGAAUGGCCACCGAGUCCGAGGAGCUUGAUCUCGUCGUCAUCGGCGCUGGUCCUGGCGGAUACGUGGCUGCGAUCAAGGCCGCCCAGCUUGGUCUGAAGACUGCCUGCAUUGACAAGCGCGGACCUCCCGGCGGUACCUGCCUCAACGUCGGAUGCAUUCCUUCCAAGGCUCUCCUCAACAACUCACACCUCUACCACGAGAUUCUGCACGAUACCAAGAAGCGUGGGAUUGAGGUCGGCGACGUCAAGCUCAACUUUGAGCAGUUCAUGAAGGCCAAGGAUGACGCCGUCACCGGCCUCACCCGCGGUAUCGAGACUCUCUUCAAGCAGAACAAGGUCGACUACUACAAGGGCACCGGCAAGUUUCUCAACGCGCACGAGAUCGAGGUGACCGGCAACGAGGGCGAGCGCUCGGGAGUGCUCAAGGCCAAGAACAUCAUUAUCGCUACCGGAUCCGAGGCCACGCCGUUCCCCGGCGUCACGAUCGACGAGAAGAAGAUCGUGACGUCGACCGGUGCGAUUGCGCUCGAGAAGGUGCCGGAGAAGAUGGUCAUCAUCGGCGGUGGUAUCAUCGGACUCGAGCUCGGCUCGGUCUGGAGCCGGCUGGGAUCGCAGGUGACGGUUGUCGAGUACAUGAACGCGAUCGGCGGCGCGGGCAUGGACGCCGAGUUCUCAAAGAACAUCCAGCGCUCGCUCGCCAAGCAGGGCCUCAAGUUCAAGCUCGGAACCAAAGUGCUCGCGGCCGAUCCCUCCGGCGACGGCGUGGCGGUCAAGGUCGAGUCGGCCAAGGGCGGCAAGGAGGAGACGCUUGACGCGGACGUUGUCUUGGUGGCUAUCGGCCGCCGGCCAUAUACCGAGGGCCUCGGACUCGAGAACGUCGAGCUCGACGUCGACGAGCGGGGGCGUGUUGUCAUUGACCAGGAGUACCGCACCAAGUACCCGCACAUCCGCGUGAUUGGCGACGUCACCUUCGGCGUCAUGCUCGCGCACAAGGCCGAGGAGGAAGGUAUCGCGGCGGUCGAGUACAUCAAGAACGGCCACGGCCACGUCAACUACGGCGUCAUCCCGUCGGUGAUGUACACCCACCCGGAGGUCGCCUGGGUCGGCAUGACCGAGGAGCAGGUGAAGGAGAAGGGCAUCGCCUACAACGUCGGCAAGUUCCCGUUCGCCGCCAACUCGCGCGCAAAGACCAACCUCGACACCGAGGGCUGGGUGAAGUUCAUCUCCGACAAGGAGACCGACCGCAUCCUCGGCAUCCACAUCAUGGGCCCCAACGCGGGCGAGAUGAUUGCCGAGGGCGCGCUCGCGAUCGAGUACGGCGCGAGCUCGGAGGACAUUGCGCGUACCUGCCACGCGCACCCUACGCUCUCGGAGGCGUUCAAGGAGGCCGCGAUGGCGACCUACGGCAAGGCCAUCCACUUUUAAACAGGUUGAUUGAAGAGAGUUGUUUUUAAUUUCACAUUUUCUUAUUUUAUUUUACUUUUUGUGAAAAGAGGGGGGCGGUCUAGAUAUAUUCUACGAAAAUUAAAGCUUUAUACGUAAGAAU